CCACUCCUUUCCUUCGCUUCUCGCGGCAAAAGCCCUCGGAGCAGAUAAGGCCGCCGUGCCCGCGGCCACCCGCCCCCGACCACCGCCGUCGGCCAUGGUCGGCGUCGCCUUCGCUCCGGCAGUGUCCCGAGCACCUUACAGGCCCGGCGCCGUAUCCAACGCAUCGGGCCCCUCCUCCUCGGCGCGGUUCCCGGCCAGGCCGUGGGCGCGGGUGCCGGCGCCGGCGAGGCUCGUCGUGGUCGCGCGGUACUCGUCCUCGUACGAGAGCGACGGGGAGGAGGAUGAGGAGGCGCUCGGAGGCGGCGGGUGGGGAAGGAGGGACCGCGGGCCCGACCCCGACUCCGACCCCGCCCUUGACAUUGAACGAAUCGAGUCCUCGACUGUAAGGCUCCUGGAUGAACAGAAAAGAAUGGUAAUCAAUGCUCAUAUCUCAUUCUGCAGCUUCACUGAUUUUCGAUUUAAUUAUCUGUUCAUUUGGCCGUUCCACUUCAUUCUUCUCCUACAGGUUGGCGUGGUAUCUGUAAACGAGGCAGUUCAAAUUGCAGACGACAAUGACCUUAUACUGGCAAUAUUAUCAUUAGAUGGAGAUCCCCCAGUACUUCGACUCUUUGAGGAGAGAGAUUACAAAAAGCACAGGUAUGAACAGCAGAAGAAGAAAAAGAUUCAGCAGAAAAGAUCUGUUGCAAAACGCAUGGGCUUGAAGGAGUUGAAAAUGGGAUACAACAUUGAUGUCCAUGAUUACAGUGUGAGGCUUAAAGCUGCAAGAAAGUUUCUUAAAGCUGGAGACAAGGUUAAGAUAAUUGUGAACUUGAAAGGACGGGAAAACUUGUAUAAAAAAGAAGCUAUUGAACUCCUGAGAAGAUUCCAAAAUGAUGUUGGUGAGCUAGCGACGGAAGAAAGUAAAAAUUUUGUAGAGAGGAAUAUAUAUGUGGUUCUUGUUCCCAAUAAGAUAGCUAUACAGAAAGAGCAGGAUGAGUUGAACAGAAAGGAUACUGCAAAAGAAGAGAAAGACCAAUCAGACAGUGAUGAUGGACUUCUGACAGAGCAACUGGAGGAAAGUAAGGAGCCUGAGGCAGAACUCUCAGCAAAUGUUUGAUUGAACUGUAAAGGCCAAGGACGCUUGCUCAAAUUGAACAAGUAUCAUGCAGGUACAGCUGCUGUAUUGGUGUAGUUCUUGUAAAUACAAGGCUGGUGCCGUUGUACAACAAUUAUAUCUGUUCAAGCAUUUGCCUAGGCGAUCUGACAGGAUAAAGGCUUGAUGAUGUCCAUAAAGAACCUGGAGGAGCCUGCCACCAUCUCAGAUCUGGAGGAUGACACUAGUCACUUUGCUUCGAACAAUUAAAUAAUUAAAGUGACACCAGUAGUGAUAAUAGAAGCAUUUUACUAUGAAAAUCAUCCAGGACGGUGUGCUUGGCACAUAAUUUUGUUUUUGCCUUGUCAUUCCGGAUCGUCGUUGUAGAGAAGAGUGUGUAUCUAUUUGACAACUACUUACUAUCACGAGUUACAGACCUUGGGCUGUAAGAGUCUAGGAAUGAUUUGUCCAGGACGGUGUGCUUGGCACAUGAUUUUGAUUUUGCCUCGUCAUUUCCAGUCAUUGUUUGUUGCAGAGAA